UGACAAAAUAGCGCUCACCUGCGCGCCCCGACUCUACGCAUCAAUCAAACCAAAUGCGUAAAACUCCAAAUGCGACGCAUCAACAGUUGGCGGUUGUCCCACUUUUCCAACGCGCAGCGUGUCAUCCGGCACGUGCAGCAGCAGCAUCAGCAAACGGCAGCAACACUACUUCCCUCCUCCUUCCUGGUGCACUCCAGCGAGGCAAGGGCAAACGGAAUCAAUAUUUUUGCAUCUCGGGUCGGGUCUCGUUACGCCUCUCCCCGUGUGCGCAUUAAAUUGACCUGAUGGAGCACACACACAGAGACGAGACACACACUCCGGCAUCCUUACUGGGGUGGGUGGGAUGGGUUUUAAAUUGCACUUCUCCACUUUUGCGUUCGCUGUCGAUCGGUUUUUGAUAUUUAUAGCCGCAACACGCGGGGCCAGCGGCACAGUUGAACUCAUUUUCUAAUGUGCAUCCAAUUGAGAGAUGGCGACCGAAAGCGUGUAAAAUGCAAUCGUAGACGACGUUUGUAUGAUGCAAAACGCUGUUGGGUAUGCUCUAAGCAGGAUGUUUGAAUUUCAAUGCAUUUCUUUGUGAUUGGGGAGCAAACUUUCUUUACAAAGAAAUUGCAUUCACUUCGAUUUCAAACGAGUUUUGCAAAAUUGGUACAUAUUUCCUAUUUAAAUGGCUUUUUUACACUAUAAAUACAUGUUUUAGCUGUUUUUUGUUACAUUCCUUUGUUCUUAAAAAAAGAUUGAGUCAUCUUUGCUUAGAGUGCUCUAUCAAAUUUACGUGGAAAUGGUUGCUUCCCUGCUGUGAUAAGAUGUUUGUUGCUAAUGUUUUCUCCAAUGAGUGAAAUUAUAGAAAUUAUAAUUGUUGUUAGAUAUGGGUGUUUCAAAUUAGUUGCAACGCUGUUGUUUGCUAAAUCUGAAUUCGUUUCAUAGUCGUAAAAUGAAUAUUUUAAAAAUAAACACAUGCAUCUCAAUCUUUAAUUAUUAUUUUAAACAAAUUAACGUUUGCAUUAAAAAAUUGACAAAAUUGGUAGAUUUUGUAUGGAUUCAUUUUAACUUGUUUUUACAAACUUUCUCCCGCAUUAUCAAUCAUUGUAAACUAUGAGUUCCUGGACAAAAUUUGACACCUAUAUCAGUCGAACUCUAACCCGAACUGAACUGUCGAACUCCUCAAGUCGAACUGUAUCCCGCGGUCCAAGUCGAGUCUAAAAGGUAUUACGUGGAUCAGUUUGUGGACAUCGUAUACGCCUGUUUCGGCGUCUACAACAUUUUGGCGCUAUUAUAAAACAAUCAGAAUACCGAAAGAAGGUCCGGUACCGAAUGGCCGACAGCACUGAGCGACUUGAGUUUUCAAAGGAAGCUGAAAAUGAAGACUGAGAGACUACAUCACUGCGUUAGCUUGGCCGAGAGAUCGACCCAACUCGCCAAACAGAGAAUAGUAUCUGAGAAACAUAAACGUAAAUAUCAGGAAGUAGAUAUAGAUAGGGUCCCCAGGCAUCCUUGAGACAAGACGCCAAAACUCAAUUCGAUCAUUUCAAGCCAAUUUCGGGUGAAUUGCUAUAUGACACCCUAGUACGCGAACCGUCCAAUAUCCCCCAGCUGUAUUCCAUCAAAAUUUUCUGGACCAACACGAUAGAAAAGCUCUACUCCAACGAUUUUUCCGCGAUAACUGAAGAGAGGAACUAUUACAAAUCGAGGUAGAUCUUCAAAACAUGCCUGCACGCUUGUCUUCGUCCGCGCUGGCGAAACUUCCGGAUAACUGAUGGAAGGCAGCUGCCAAGAUUUAUUUUCGCAAGAAAUCUUAAAUAAUAACCUUUCAAAGGAUGUUCAUGGAAACAAAUCUCUCUUAGUAUUUUUUUCUAUAAUCAACUCAAAAAUGUCCAUUUUUUAAAUGCAAACGUUAUUCUUCUUGCAUGCUUCUCCAAAGCUACCCGAGUCCUCCAAGCUCCAUCAUACCAAGACUACGGAUAAUUUAAAGCUAAUACAACUGUCAUCUUUAAUGAUACAUAAGCCUUUGAAUAGUGCUUAGUAGUGCAGUGUCCCUGAAGUAGCAAGGGAAGUGACUAUCCGGCUACAUGAUACUUAAUAAGAUGCGAAGGUCUUAAAGACCAGCAUAACUGCGUAGGUCGUAACGCCAAAAAGAAGAAGAAGAAGAAGUUAUUAUUAAACCCUUUUUCACAAAUUAUUCAUAAGUCAUCGGUCAGCUUGAAAAAUAAUUCGAAGUUAUGAGAUAAUUGAACAUUGACAAAUAUUGUCGAAAAACUGCCUCUUUGGUUCAUCAGAUAGCUAACUCCUCCUCCUCCUUUAUGUCUUAUACCGUAGAAGUAAGAACUAUAAAUGAUACUAUCCUAGGGAUCUAAGGGAUCUACCUUGCUUACUUGUUCGCAAAUCAAUAAAGCUUCAUAAACCCGUUGACUUAUGGAGAUUCAUCAUACUCACAUACAUUAAUAUCUUGAGAUCUGCGAUGACUUUCAAAACAGAAUUCGAUUUGUCCCUCAGGUUAAUUAGAAUGGAUUCAUAAGAACUAUAAUAUGGUUAAACUGAAGUCAAGUAAAUGGGCUUUUUCACAAGGCUCAUACAGUCGUAUAGUUAUUGUGACAGAUAUCAAGUUUCCUUUUAAAUUUGAAAUAACAAAAACCUAAAACAUUUUCGGUUCAACCCAAAAACAUAUCGCCAAUGUAUCAAUAGAAACAAACGUGUGCGCUUAUUUCUUUAUCGGCCGGAACCUUAUCGUCUAUCCGCGCACAGUGUCUUUUACACCUUGCCCAAAUGAACGCAAUGUGUACCAAAACCUUUCAUAACAAGAACGUCUCACUCAACAACAACAGCGGUGUAUUUACCAAACGCCACCCGUACACAAGCAAAUGUGGAACGCCGCGCCGUUUCAUUAACAAAAAUCUUCUUCCACGUGUAACAAAAAAAAAACGCGUUCUCUUCCCCGCGCCAACCGCGCGUUUGGAGUGACAUUCCGCAAAAGUUCGUCAUCAAGUGUGCGGUUUGUUGGGUUGCGGUUGGGUUAUCUUCCGUUUUGCGGUUUAUCGUUUUUUUGUGUGGCAGCGUAGAAGAAAAAAGGGGAGAAGGGUGAAGAAAAAAAUCUAACAACUGCUCGUACAGUAGUAGUAGCCGACGUCGUCGUCUUAGCUGUUCCGCGCACCGUACCGUAUCUAUGGUGAUAUUGUCGUGUGCAAGACAAGCGCGACAUAUAUAGCGACACCGUUUGUUCUCUGCGUGCUCCAGAACGAGCAGGAGAAAAAAAGACACACACAUAUGAGACACCACAAAGGGGAGAGAUCUUCCACCCUGUGGUGCCGUUUGAGGCUUUCGCGAUGCGCCAGUUGAACAGUGGCCGUCACCGAACGAGCCGGACGAAUUCUGCAAACACAAACGCAUUCCGACAGCGUGUCCGUUAGCGUACUUCGCGCCAUCACCACCCAACCCCCAGAGAAAGCCGGUGGCGCUUGGUUGCAACUUCCAGCCGCUGUGUGUGUGUGUGUCGUGCCACAAGCGUCAAGUGGAUCAAGUUCUUGCUUACUCAUCAACAAACAAAACGGCUUUCCGGGCUGUGGAAUCAAACUCCCAGUUGAAGCCCCAAACGGUGCACUGAUGCGCGACCCAAAGAUGGAACAAAUAACGUACGAAAGUGUGCAGGAAAACUGUCAAGAUUUUCUCGAUGCACUUCUUGCCGACCUUCAGAACACGGUCCCCGGACACAAUCAGCAGCAGCAUGGUGGUGGUGGUGGUGGCGGUGGCUCAUCCGUUCCCGGAUAUGGUAGCUUGAAUGGAGUUCGGAACAAGCAGCAGACGAGUCCCGUUCCGCAAACAUAUCAAAACACCACCACCAAAACGGUGACUGAGUCGCGUGCGACCAACGGCUACAAUGGCUCACUGCCCAGGUCGACGACACCGCACAACUCCUUGCCACGGUCCAGCACGCCCCAGAAACUGCAAACGUCUGCUUCCGGCAAUCUGUCCGAGCUGGAUUCGCUGCUGCAGGACCUGAGUAGCGCCCGGUACGGCAAUGUCGCCGAGAAGCAACCGAGCAACGCCAUCGUCACUAGUCCAUCUCCGUAUGCCAUUAAUGAUAGCAUUAAGCGACCGUCGGUCGACAGCCUGCUGGAGGAGCUAAGCAAUGCGCACUCCAACCCAAUCUAUGCGGUCCCGCACGGGAAUCAAAAUGCAAACCAACCCGGUCGGCAAGUCACGAUAACGGUGCGUGAAACUACGACGGAAAAGCUUACCGGUACACCAAGCGCACAGUAUCAAAAUCAGCUGUACCAACAACAGCUGGCCCAAAAUGAGUCGCACACUUCGUCGGCCACGAAGGAAUUGGACGAUCUGAUGGCGUCACUGUCGGACUUCAAGAUCAGCGCCGGCACGUCGCACCAGCACCAGUCGGUGACGGACUACGCGAAGCCAAACCAGGGCACUUCGCACUACCAGAGCACGCUGACGACGGUCUCGACCACCGAGCAUCUGCCGCCGGCCUCGUCCGAUCAGCUCGAUUCUAUGCUCGGCAACCUGACCGCCGACAUGAGCCGCCAGGGUGUGAACACGACGCAGAAGGGCUGCUGCAACGCGUGCGACAAACCGAUCGUCGGGCAGGUGAUAACGGCCCUCGGCAAAACGUGGCACCCGGAGCACUUUACCUGCAACCACUGCAACCAGGAGCUGGGCACGCGGAACUUCUUCGAGCGCGACGGCAACCCGUACUGCGAGCCGGACUAUCACAACCUGUUCAGCCCCCGGUGCGCCUACUGCAAUGGGCCGAUUCUCGAUAAAUGUGUCACAGCGCUCGAGAAAACGUGGCACACGGAGCACUUCUUCUGCGCCCAGUGCGGCCAGCAGUUCGGCGAGGACGGGUUCCACGAGCGCGACGGCAAGCCGUACUGCCGCAACGACUACUUCGACAUGUUCGCGCCGAAGUGCAACGGGUGCAACCGGGCCAUCAUGGAGAACUACAUCUCCGCCCUGAACAGCCAGUGGCAUCCGGACUGUUUCGUGUGCCGGGAUUGCCGCGAACCGUUCCACGGCGGUUCAUUCUUCGACCACGAAGGGCUACCGUACUGCGAGACGCACUAUCACGCGAAGCGCGGAUCGCUCUGUGCCGGCUGCUCGAAACCCAUCACUGGCCGCUGCAUUACCGCCAUGUUUAAGAAAUUCCACCCGGAGCAUUUCGUGUGCGCGUUCUGCCUGAAGCAGCUAAACAAGGGCACGUUCAAGGAGCAGAACGAUAAACCUUACUGCCACCAGUGCUUCGAUAAGCUGUUCGGCUAGAGGGAAGAUUUAGCGGGUCGGUUGUGGUCGUCUUCCCUUCUACUUGAAAGAAUCAUUAUAACUGCGGAGAGUGUGGGGGGAUCCUUUAUGAUAGGAGGGGACGUUUUGGGGCGUUACCGAUUGUCACAGCAACAGAGUUUUCAUGUCACGUUUCCCUUUUUUAAUGUUUAAUGUGUCACAUCGUUAACACAUCUAAACUUAAUCUUAAAAAUGAUUUUUUUAUUAUCUUUAACUUAAAAGAUGUUUUUUUACGGUCAAUUCUACAUACACGAUGUGUCCCACAAACCGUUCUAAAAUCGAUAUAACUCUAAGUGCGUCAAUUAAUAAUUAGCAAGGUUACUGCUGUGCGUGCAUGCAGUUUGAAGAUGGGAAGAGAAUCCCUCUACAUCGCCCAAGAUCCCUCUCACUCUACCCCACGAGCACACAGGACAACACUUCCAAUCGGAGUGGAGAACGGCUCUAGACGUAUUAGUAGAGUGUAUUGUGUGUUUUAUGAUGAGAAGAAGCUUACAAACAUGUGUUGAAGUUGAAAACUAACCGCGCGAAACGAUAAUUAUGAAUUCACACGUAAACCCGGGACUGUUCUCCCCCUGUUCGUUGUUCUCUUUAACAAAACUAAAAGGCUGCACUCAUCGACUGAUGUGAUGUAGUUCCCACAACCGUACGAAAUUAUCCUAUCCGUACGACGAGUAGCAACGAGAGAAGUUUAAUGAUUUGCUGGCAAAAAAAGAAGCAUUCAAUGAUAUAUAUAUACCAGCAGAAGCGAUAACUUAUGUAGCUGUAGCUAGCAAUGUGGAGCAAAGUAAGUAAAAAAUCGUAUUUUACUAUUUAACCCUGUUUUUGGCUCGCGUGAGCUCCCAGCCUGCGGAGAAAGAGAGAGAGUGUAUCUUAUAUUUGUGUUACGAAAAAAAAAAAAUUGCGUUACAAAGUUUUCCUCUAACCCCGAUUCUAUCGUUAUACAAAAACCAACUAGCCAUUAUAGUGGGAAUUCCAGCAGCAGUAAAAAUAGUCAACGAUUUUCCUCUGAAAAUGAUACACAAGUGAAGCACAUUACUAAACCCUUGCCAUUUUUUUGUCGCACAACCUUUGGUAGAAAGGAAGGAACAUGCGGAAUGAAAAAAACCGUUUGAACUAAAUCAUCCUGUAACACAUGCCAAUAAUAAUAGUAAUAAACGAAACCAACGUUGAACGUUCUGUUCACAUAAUUGAA